AUGUCUACUUCUAGCUCUGUUUGUGACUGGAUUGGAGUCUCCUGUGGGAUAGGCAUAGGCCAACAGGAGAGGGUCACAGCAUUGAAUCUUUCAGAGAUGGGUCUCACAAGCACCCUCUCUCCACAACUGGGUAAUCUUUCAUUCCUUACCUUGCUUGACCUUAGUUUCAACAGUUUCCAUGGAUCUAUACCCGCCGAGUUGGGCCAUCUGCAUCAACUAAAAGAGAUUAAUUUGGGGAACAACAACUUCAGUGGAGGAUUACCAUCUUGGUUUGGGGCCUUACCACAACUACAGAACUUGCUUCUUCCCAACAACAGUUUCACAGGCAACAUUCCAACAUCACUGUGCAACAUUUCAAAGUUGGAGACAUUGAAUAUUGGGUACAAUCUUCUACAAGGAAAAAUUCCACGAGAAAUUGGUGAAAUUCCAUCGGAGAUAGGUCAUCUUGUCAAUUUGGAGCAAAUGAAUUUAGCUAGUGGAUCUCUUACGGGGCAUAUACCAUCCGUUAUCUUCAACAUCUCUUCAUUGAAAAUAAUUGAUCUCUCAAACAAUAGCUUGUCUGGAAAUCUGCCCCUGGACCGUCAUUUUGAUCUCCCUUUUCUUGAAGAGCUAUAUCUUCAUUCGAAUCAACUUUCUGGCCAAUUUCCGCCUGGCUUAUGGGAGUGUAGACGCCUUCGAAUUUUGAUUCUGUUAGACAAUAAUUUCACAGGCAGCAUAUCUAACAAGAUUGGGAACCUUACAUUACUUAGAGAUUUAUCCCUUCGAAAUAACAAGUUGACAGGUGCAUUACCAGAAGAAAUUGGUACCCUUAAUCUUGAGAGAUGGAGCAUUAGCGGUGCAAGCUUAACUGGCUCAAUUCCCUUUCAAAUCUUCAACGCAUCAAGAACAAAACUCAUUGACCUGGCUGACAAUCAGCUUUCAGGUUACCUUCCAUCUAGCCUUGGCCUCAGGCUUCCCAAUCUUGAAGAGCUUUACCUAGGCUAUAAUAAACUCAGUGGGAUUAUCCCAGGCUCUAUUGGCAAUGCCUCCAAGCUUACCAUCCUAGUCAUGGUUGCCAACUCAUUUAGAGGCUCCAUACCCGAUACAGUUGGUAAUCUAAGGCUCCUGGAGCGGCUCCAUCUUUCUGGAAAUAAUCUGACCAAGGAGUCUUCUACUCUUGAAUUAAGGUUUUUUACAUCUUUAGCAAAUUGCGGACGUUUAAAAUUUCUGGCAAUAGCAUUAAAUCAAUUCAAUGGCAUCAUCCCUGCUUCAAUUGGCAAUCUCUCCACUUCGCUUCUGUACUUGGAAGCAUUUGAUUGCAAACUUAAGGGGGAGAUUCCCAGUGGCAUUGGUAACUUGAGCAGCUUGGGGGGCAUAAGUUUAGAUAGCAAUGAAUUGACAGGCUUUAUCCCAAGAACAAUUGGAAGGUUGCAGCACCUAGAACGCUUGUAUCUUGAACACAAUAAGCUGGAAGGAUUCAUGCCCAAUGAUUUUUGUCAGUUGAAUAAUUUGGGAGACUUGUAUCUAAGCGAUAAUAAGCUCUACGGACGGAUACCCUCAUGCUUGGGUGAACUUAAAUCCCUAAGACGGAUCUACUUAGAUUCCAACAAUUUGACUUCUGCAAUUCCUUCAACCUUGUGGAGCCUUAAAGAUCUCGUUGGUUUAAAUCUAUCCUCAAAUUCUCUUGGUGGCUAUAUACCACUUGAUGUUGAGCAUAUGAACGUAAUAACACAACUAGACUUGUCUUGGAAUCAGUUAUCGGGCAAAAUCCCAAGUACCAUUGGAGGAGCACAAACAUUAGAAAUUCUUUCCUUGGCACAUAAUAACCUACAAGGGCCUAUUCCUGAGUCACUGGGAAACUUGAUCAACUUGGAAUUUGUGGAUCUCUCUAAUAACAAUUUAUCUGGAGGCAUUCCUACCUCAUUAGAGGCACUCAGGUAUCUUCAGUAUUUAAAUGUGUCCUUCAAUAGAUUGCAAGGAAAAAUUCCCACUGGAGGACUUUUUGCAAACUCCACAGCUCAAUUAUUUAUGCACAACUAUGGACUGUGUGGUGCCCAUAGAUUGCAAGUCCCACCAUGCAAAACUAGAAGCCUUCAGCAUCGCAGGGCACCAGUUCUGCCAGUAUUGAAAUACGUUUUACCUGUACUUGCAUCUAUAAUUCUUGUGGUGUCGGUUCUCAUACUUGUUUGGCUAAGAAAUCGAAAAGUCAAAACACAAUCACAAACUCCAGAAGAUUCACGCCCUGCUGAGUGGAGAGUGGUCUCAUAUCAAGAACUCUACCGGGCAACAAAUGGGUUCGGUGAAAGCAACCUACUUGGUAUUGGAGGUUUUGGUCGUGUAUAUGAAGGAACACUGUCGGAUGGGAUGAACGUCGCUAUCAAGGUCUUCAACCUGCAAAUAGAAGGAGCACUCCAGAGUUUCGAUGCUGAAUGUGAAGUAAUGUGCAACAUCCGCCAUAGAAACCUCGUCAAAAUCAUUACCAGCUGCAGUAAUGUGGAUUUCAAAGCCUUGGUCUUGGAGAAUAUGCCCAAAGGGAGCCUUCAGAAGUGGCUAUAUUCUGGCACUUGUUUUCUGGAUUUCCUGCAGAGAUUAAACAUGAUGAUCGAUAUUGCAUUAGCAGUCGAAUUUCUUCAUCAUGGCCAUUCAACGCCCAUUAUUCAUUGUGAUCUGAAGCCGAGCAACGUCCUUCUAGACGAAGAUAUGGUUGCCCACGUGAGUGACUUUGGUAUCGGCAAACUUCUGGGCAAAGGAGAAUACAUGGCACUAACCAAGACCCUGGCUACGGUUGGAUACAUGGCACCGGAGUAUGGAACGGAAGGAAUGGUAUCCACAAGCGGUGAUGUCUACAGCUAUGGAGUCAUGUUGAUGGAAGUAUUCACAAGGAAGAAGCCCACGGAUGAAAUGUUUGCUGAAGAAAUGAACCUCAAGUCUUGGGUGAAUCAAUCACUGAAUGGGGGCUCAAUGCUUGAAGCCAUGGAUGCCAGUUUGAUUGAACAAGAAGAUCCACAUUUGUCUGCAAAGGAGCUUUGCGUGUCAUCUGUCAUGCAAUUGGCCAUGGAUUGUGUGAAGGAUCUGCCCAGGGAGAGGAUCAACAUGAAGGACGUUGUGGCUACACUUCACAAAAUCAGACUCGGCUUUCUCUCAAAUGUUAGAGAAGGCAACACUCUUUGAGGAGUGAGACCGAACAAAUGCAAUCAAG